CCCCACCACCCAACCGCCACGGAGGGGAGAAGAGUGCACCCACUACCACGACUCGAGACAUAAACAAAAUAACCCAACACUGCCCCACUCAAGUGUCUUGUGUUUAUAAGCGGCGAACAAAGGAGCCAGGUCUGCGGAGAGUUGGAAUCUGUGCGGGCAGUCUUAUCACCGCCGGUCAGUCGUCGCCCGUGGUGUACUGAGGGCACUCCAAGUCCAAGGACUCCCCGUCUUGCUCCGGGCACUCCUGUCCACCUGUCCACCUGUCCACCUGUCCUCCUGAUUCCGAUUCGGUGGCCGGUCCUGUUCCCACCGCUCACCUAAGCCGCUUUGUGCACGCAUGAGUGGUUCGCCACCGAUGCCCCUUCGCCGCCAGAUCGGGCACACGUCGGGUCACUGUAAUGUGCGCUGCGACGGCUGCGGCAACAGCAGGAUGACCUUCUAUCGCUACAAGUGCCUGCGCUGCCUGGACUACGACCUUUGCUCCGUCUGCAAGGAAAAUGGGGUCUCGAACGGGUUGCACCUUCUGGAGCACCCGCUCCAGUGCCUAAUGGAUCGUGAAGCCCUUGAGCUGCAUUUCGCCGGCGAGCCGAUUCCGACUUUGUGCGCCGACAGCUUCACGUGCCCUGUGUGCGGCGAAAUGGGGUUUUCCUUGGAGGAUCUGAAGACGCACUGCCAAGACAACCAUAUCAUGGCGCACACAGUCGUUAUUUGCCCGGUCUGCGCGGCGGUCCCAUUGUCGCAACCGAGACAUAUCGAUCACAUUACCAAUCACUUGAUGUUCUCGCCAUCGCAUUGAUCUGCAGUCGAUCCCUUGAUGAUCUCGCCAUAGCACCGCUCUCCAGUCGAUCCCUUGGCCGAUUCCAAAGAUUGGGAUUAGCCAUAAAUCCUUCGCAUCAGGAUGACGGAGGAGCACUCCACAACAUUAAGCGUUUGCAGAUUUUGACAACACACCAAAAACCACACAAAAAGAAAAAAACAAGCAUUUGUACCGCUAAGGAAUUCGCAUGCGGAAUCAAAUGGUUCGUUUUUUUGGUUUGAUAAGGAAUGACAAAUGUUAAAAAAACAAAAGUCACAAAAAAAAACAAAAGGCCGAGCACUUGCAUCGCUACGCAAUUUGCAUACAGAAUUAAA